AUGACGGCCUGUGUGAUGCGAUUUGCAGUCCCGCCCGAGAGGCUGGGCCACGACGCGUCCCGAUACAUGGAGCCAGAUGUUGGGCCGACGUGGCCGCAGGAAGCGCACGAUGUGCGACUCAUCGACUUGAAGCCUGAGCUGGAGGACCCCGCGAAGGCCAAGUCGCUGAUGGAACAGCUCGAGACGCGAGGCUUCGCCGUGCUCAGGAACCGCAGCGCGACGCUGGGCUCCCUCGCAUCCCAGGCGGAAUGGAACGCGGCGUACCUCGAGGAGACGGCCGAGAUGGUGAAGGAGAAGUUGGGCGCCGACGAGGUCUUCGUCUGGAACUCCGUCACCCGGUCGGCCAACCCGGACGUGAACACGCCGUACGGGACCAACCACUUUCAGGAAAAGGCCAUCAAGGGCCUGCAGUUCGGCACGACGAUACGCCCCGUCGCCUCGGGCGCGCACGUCGACCAGGACGCUGCCAAUUCGCGCCGGAUGUGCAAGGGGGCGGCGGGUGACGACGUCUUCGAGAAGUUCGCGAGGGUGCAGCAGCUCAACGUGUGGCGUCCGCUGAAGGGCCCGGUGACCUGCAAGCCGUUGGCCGUGUGCGACGGAUCGACGCUGCCGGCGAAGUCGACCGGAGUCCACAUGGGCAUGUUCGGAACCAGAGUUGUUGUACACCACGACGACGCUCAGAAGUGGUACUACAUAAAGCGACAGAUGGCGGAUGAGGCGUACAUUCUGAAGAUCUACGAUUCAAAAGUCCUUCCUGGCCAAGCCGAGUUCACGCCGCACACCGGUGUCGACAACCUCAAUGGCGCGGACGGACCAGAGGAGCCCCGAGAGAGCAUAGAGGUCCGAGUAGUGGCAUGCUAUCGGUAG